AGCAUGGCGUCAGCUGCCUCGGAAUCAGGCACCCCGCGUCAGGUGCGCGUGUGGAUGGACGGCUGCUUCGACAUGGUGCAUUUCGGCCACGCGAACGCCCUUCGACAGGCUAAGAAGAUGGGGGACGUGCUAGUGGUGGGAGUUCACUCGGACGACGCAAUUUCCAAAUACAAAGGACCGCCUGUCUGGACGGAGCAGGAAAGAUAUAAGAUGAUCCGUGCUAUCCAGUGGGUUGACGAAGUGGUAGAAGACGCGUCGUACUUCCCGACUCCAGAACACCUUGACAAGUACGGGUGUGACUUCUGCGUCCACGGUGACGACAUCAGCACUACUGUAGAUGGGGAGGACUGUUACAGUGCCCUUAAAAAUGGCGGCCGCUACCGCACCUGCUCUCGUACCCAGGGUAUAUCAACGACGGACCUGGUAGGACGCAUGCUGCUGAUGACACGUGACCAUCACCGAGAUAACAGUGCCAUUGACAACCAAGAGGUUUCAGAACUGAGUGGAGAUGAGAGAUGUCCGUGGACCGGCGUGUCACAGUUUAUCGCCAGCACCCAGAAAAUCCUGGAAUUCUCCAAUGGAAUUGAACGUAAACCGAAUGACAAGGCCGUAUACAUACCGGGUUCCUUUGACCUGUUCCACUGCGGCCAUCUUGAUUUUCUGGAGAGGGCCCGUCAGGAGGGGGACUACAUCAUCAUCGGUCUCCAUGGCGACGCCGUUGUCAAUUGGUAUAAGGGCUGCAACCAUCCCAUCAUGAAUAUUCAUGAGCGAGUCUUGACAUUGCUGGCCUGCAAAUACGUGUCAGAAGUGGUGAUCGACGCACCGUACAAGGUGACAGAAGAGCUGAUGGAUCAGCUGUCUAUAGACCUGGUGUGUCACGGGAAGCCGGGCAGUCCUGUGCCGCCCUGUCAGGACGGGGGAGACCCAUUCGCCGUCCCCAAGGCCAUGGGCAAGUUCAAGAUGUUAGACAGCGGAAACGAACUGACCACCACGGUCCUUAUCGACCGGGUCAUCCGGAACUGGAUCAAGUACCAAAAUCGGAACCGGAGGAAGGAAUCCCGGGAGCUGGAGAUGUAUAGGGGCUACGAAGCUGGAGAUGUAUAA